GCCGGCCCAUCACUACGCCUCUUCUUCACAAGUGCUCAGGUGAGUGACUCCACCUCCUCCUCGCCACAGAGCACACAACAUGUCAGGACUCUGACUCUCUGGCAUCUUUCUUUUUCGCUUGCAGCAGAUCUGAUGAAUCUCUAGAGACGGAUGACUGUGGUUCUGGUGAAAGAGCAUGAGUAAGAAGGUUCUGCUCCAACCUCCCAAUCUGUUAACAAGGUUCUCCUCCGACCCAAGAUUCUGCAGCAUCACGAUGGAAAACGUGCCGGUGGUGCCCGGGGCCGUCGGCCGCCGCGUGACGCCCUGAGUGAGUAGUUGAGGUGUUCGGAGACUCUUCCUCCGGUGGCUGGACAGGAUGACUGAGGGAAUGGACGACCUCUCUGCAGGGCCGGCUCCCCCUCCUCGAUCUGCCUCCCCCACCGGCUCCACUGUGGAUUCUGGACAAGUCCCCAAGGAGAAACCUGAGGAGACGGAGGCAGCUGGUGCGAGCGGGGAGGAGGGCGCUGAGGGAGCUGCCGAGGGAGGCGCUGCUGGUGAUGGGGAGCAUCUGGGGGCUUUGGGAAUUGUGGCCUUGCCAGGGACCUGCUGUGUGUGCAUAGAGAUGGAACAGAUUAACAGUUGCCUGCACUCUGAGAAAAUCUGCAUCCUGCCCAUCCUGGCCUGUCUGCUCAGCCUGGCCCUCUGCACCGCCGGCCUCAAGUGGGUCUUUGUGGAUAAGAUCUUCGAGUACGAGCCUCCCACUCACUUAGACCCGAAACGCAUCGGACAGGACCCGUUCAUCAUAUCAGUCGACCCCACGCUGGGACUGACUGUGUCCAUUCCUCAUUCAUCGCUGUCCCCCGUGUCCCUGACCUCCGCCGACCCCGGGACACCAGGACAUCCGGAGGUGUUGGUGGAGGAGAUGUCCACACGAGGGCCGCACGCGCCUCGCACUCCGAUAGUGACUCAGUCCGAUUCCUCUGUGACGCUGAAAUACAACGCUGAGCGUACCACCGUCCCAAAGCAGGCCCCCCCCUCCACACCGGAAUUCAACGACAUCAUCUUCCCAACAAUCCCCUCCACCAGCACCACCAGUACAACCAAGACCUCCAGUCAUGUGAUGCGCUGCAGCGACGGCCAGAGGAACUACUGCGUGAACGGAGGAGAGUGCUUCACCCUGGAGAUCACGCCCGGCAGCACCAAGUUCCUCUGCAGGUGCUUGGCGGGAUUCACUGGGCACCGAUGUGAACGAGCUGUGCUUAAGACGGUCUCAGACCCAAAACAAGCUGAGGAGCUGUAUCAGAAACGUAUUUUAACAAUAUCAGGAAUCUGCAUUGCACUCCUAGUCGUUGGAAUCAUGUGUGUGGUUGCCUACUGCAAAACAAAGAAGCAGAGGAAGAAGCUCCACGACCGUCUGAGGCAGAGUCUGAGGAAUCAGAGGAACAACAACACCAACGCUGGAACUGGUUCCAACUCUGCGACCUCAGCCCGAGCACGUCGGAUUUCUAACUUGCCUCUUCACGAUUUGCAGCUCACCAACAAAUGUAACGGGACGACUCCGCAGCCUUCAGCCGAGAGGGCGUCCGAGACGACCUUCUCCCCGAGCAAACAGGAAGCCACAACUCUCUCCCACGUCUCCAGCCAGAGGUUUGUGCCUCUGGUGACCUCUCCUGUGACCCCGGGGUCUCCUCCGUCAGAGAUGUCCGCCCCCCUGUCCAGCCUGGCCAUCUCCAACCCCUCCGUGGCCCUGAGCCCCUCUGGUGAGGAGGAGCGCCCCCUGCUGUUGUCCCGUCAGCCACACAAGAGCCGGGACGAGCAGAAGAGGUCGUCUGCUCACUACAACCACGGUCACAUGGCUCACAGUUUACCGCCCAGCCCGCUGUUCCCCCCGGAGGACGUUCAGUGUGACACCCCCGAGCAGACGCCCUCGGCCUCACCUGAGGUCCUCCACACAAACAACAACGUCAGUGACUGCAGCAGCAAAGCAGGAGGAGUCCUUAAUGGUCCCGUGCUGCGUGACGUGGAGUCCAGGGGCGACCAGGUGUCGGCUGAGGGGCCUCAGGGGGAACCCGCGCCCUUCCUCACCACAGAGCGAGCUACGGCCCUGCUGCUCCGAGCUGCCGCCAGCAGCAGGACUAACUCGGCCUCGUGUCACGACCACGAGCAGCUGGAGUCCAGCCGACCUGAUCCCGUCGCUGUGUGA